UAUUAACGAUACUACAAAAACCUCUACAGAUACUAUGAGAUCAACACACAUUCGCGACACUGAAGCAAUUUACGGCAUCCAUACAGAGCAGUGGUAUCUUAGCAACAGAGGAAAGAAAUGUCAACAAUACUUUCUGUUUGUGGCCAACGUACGAGUCGACAGUGACAGUAUGUCUGCAAAGGGGUCAACCGUGUUGAGCCUAUCAGAAGAUGCUCUAAAGAACCAUCUACUGUCACAGAAGAAGCUGCUCUCUCUUGAAGCGCAAUGCAUCUCGAACAUAUUGGAAAACUGCAUCAGUCGAGUUGAGAUUGUAGCCUCUCUUCCUGCUGUCCUCCGGUUAAACAGAGUGUCUGGUGUUGUGGACAAGCAGUUGAGUCGGGCACUUCAAGAGCAUCAACUAUUAGCCAAAGACUGGAGACGCUUAGAAGGUCUCAAGCAGGAUUCAGACGGGGAACAAGAGGGAGAAGUUGUGAAAGCAAAGGCUCAGCUUGAGCAGGACAUCAAGAACUCUGUCAGGGGUCUGUUCAGGCUUGCCCGAGCCCAUCCUGAUGCCAGGUGUGGUUUGAGGGCAGAUCUAGGUAAAGAAGUAGCCAUAGGAGAUAGUGAGUACAAGCUAAUUACAGGGCUUGAGAAGUUUCUCAGCCAUGCGGUAGAAAAGUUGCUGACCAGUCUGGAUGAGGAGCUACACGUAAAGCUGGUUCUUCAAAAUCAGGUGUCUUCGUCCCCUGCCAACCUCGCGGAGCUCAUAGUUUCACAGCAAGAAGUAGCUACAUCCUUAAAACAAAUAGAUGCACAGAUAUCUGAGAAAAAUGAUGAGAUCAAACAUUUUCAAGAUUCUCUAAAAGGAGACAACAGUCAAAAAGCAGAUACGUCGCUUCUUGCGGAAAAGCAGUGCCAGUCACAUAUGAAGACAUCAAAGCACAGCAGUAAACAACAGGAGCUUGAUCGACUGAACAGUCAGCUCAACAAAUUGUUCCUCGAAAGCAGACAGGCAGAGAGAGUAAUCCAAGUGGAAAAUGAGAAGGUGGAGACAGCAAUUGAAAACUUGCUCCAAACUUUUGACGACGACAUAGAAAAAAACCAGGCCGACCUGGAGUUGGAAGGAAUGGGUUAUGAAAGGGAGGAGGAGGAACUGAAGACGCUGGAGAAACCCUUUUCUGUCCUCGAGGUGAAGUAUAACAUGAUCCUGGAGAAGCGUCGGCUGGCAGAAGAGAAGAGAAGGGAGGAGAUGAGGGAGCUGCAGUUGAAGACCAAAGCUGCUAUUUUUGCCCAAGCCUGGUGGAGAGGCUACAGUACUCGCAAGGCCUUAAAGAACAAGGGGAAAAGCAAGAAGGCCAAAAAAGGCAAAGGCAAGAAGACCAAAUAAGCGACUGACUAGUUUAGUUACUCUGGUGCAGACACACUCUACCUGAAUGAACGUCUUUGGAUGAAAAUUAAAAAAGAGCUGGUUGAGCAAAUACUAUUAUACUCCAUAAUCAGAGUGUGUUUGUCAUUUAUGUGUUAAUAAAGUGUUUUAUGCUUUAAA